AUGGAUAACCCCAAAAUUCCGGAUGCACCAAAAUCUCCCAAUGAUCCCGCAAAAGAACCGGUAAAAGCUCCCGAGGAUACUCCUGUGAGAAAUCCUGAGGAUACUCCUGCGAAAUCUCCCGAACCGCCUAAGACACCCAUACCUUCCGAGACAAAUAAAUCUCCUGAGACGGAUUCAAAAUCACCCGAAGAAGAACCCAAAACGCCGGUGGAAGAACCCAAGACUCCGGUAGAAGAACCCAAGACUCCGGUAGAAGAACCCAAGACGCCGGUGGAAGAACCCAAGACACCGGUGGAAGAACCCAAGACGCCGGUGGAAGAACCCAAGACGCCGGUGGAAGAACCUAAAAUGCCGGUGGAAGAACCUAAAAUGCCGGUGGAAGAACCAAAAAUGCCGGUGGAAGAACCAAAAAUGCCGGUGGAAGAACCAAAAACGCCGGUGGAAGAACCUAAAAUGCCGGUGGUAGAACCUAAAAUGCCGGUGGAAGAACCUAAACUUCCCGUGCAGCCUCCAAUGGAAGAACCUAAAACUCCUGUGAAUGAACCUAAAGCUCCUGAGGAACCACCUAAAACACUCGAUGUACCCAAAAAUACACCGGAUGCGACAUUGUCGAUGAGUCCUAUUCUACCUACAUUUAUCAAUCCUUCAGAUGAUCCAGUUCCAAAAGAAGUUCCAGCUAAAACUCAGGAACCUGAAGAAAUUAAACCAACUCCUUCUAACGAAUCUAAAGUGACUUCUGUUGGUUCCAUAACCACUAGGAGAUCUUCGACAUCUCCAACAAAUAUAAAUCCUAGUUUAUCUCAAGCAAGUAAACCACCAUCUCAAACGGCUUCAAGCAAUUCAAUCAUAUUUGAUACCAAAUAUCAUCAUUUAAAAUUAAUAGGAUAUAUUUUAUGGAUGAUAAUCAGCAAAUUUUAUUAA